CAAACGUGCGUUUUACCAAAUCACAGCGUUUUUUUAUUAUAUCUAGCUUUUAACAAAUUGUCAAGUAUUACAUUAUUUAAGAUAUCAAAAAGAAUCAAAAUACGCUCUAGUUUCUAAUCAGAAUAUUUUUCCAAACAUUUUCCAGAGCCUUUAGUAGAUUUUUAGUUGUCUUUUUGUCGAUAUCAAAAAGCAAUAAUGUUAUUCAACUUCUACUAAAUUUGUUUUAAUUAAAUUGAAAUGGAGACGGUUAUCAAUAUAGUCCCUCCCGAAAUCCACGAGGACCGACUGGAAGACUACCUGGCCACUGACGAGCUAUUCGUUUCACAGCUGAACAAAUACCUGUCGUUGCCGACCUUCAAAGAGAAAUACCGAUUCAACGCGACUGAUUGUGCGUUUGAGUUGAUCGAUGACGCACAGGAGAAUUUGAUGAAGACGAUUGAGAAGGCGGCUGCCAAAGUGAAGAAGCCGGAUGUUUCAUUCUUGCCAGUAAGACAGGUCGCGGUCUCCACCCAGGACUACUUCAGAAACUUUAUUCACCCUGAUGAGCCGAGCAAAAACGAACUGGUUACGACUUACGACGUCCAGUGUCUCAACACCGAACAGGGACUGCACUGGACGCGAGAGACGAAGAUGCCUCGUUUCCUCACGAGUACUUUAUACAGCCAGUACCGAAUCCUAAAAAUACUCAACCAAGUCUCGGUCGGAACUCCGAAGCGGGUAAAAAUAGUCGACGCAGAUCCGCUUCAAACUCCUCGUUCUAUAAUGUCAGCUAGAGGUAAAAGAGCCCAAAUUAGAGACAAAAUCGAAAAAGAACAGAGAGAAAAAGAGGAAAAAGCGAGAGAGGAACAAAUUAUGAGGGAGCAAAAACAAACAGAAGCUUUGGCGGCGGUCGCGAAACUGAGAAAAGCCGCCGAUCCGACGUUACCUGGUCAGGACGAGAUCGAAAUUUUAAAAGUUUCAGUCGGCGAUACUCCUUCGGAAGACUUGAGGGAAUGGUACAAACAUUUGAAAAAAGCCCAAGAAAAGCAGGAAAAAAUAUACGGACCAGCGCCCAAACGACCAACCAGUGCUUCUUCGGGAAUCGUCCGUCCCGGAUCCAGACUAACGAGACGCCGAGAAUCCCAAGAGAAGCCAGACGUUAUUACUGAGACUCCGACUCUGGCAUUAGAAAGCGACCGGUCUACGCCGAUGCCAUCCGAAAGCGAUGUAAAACCCGAACAAGAAUCGGAUCUAACAGCUUCGGAUCCGGUAGUCAAUCGGCCACGGUCGGGAUAUAUCUGCCAAAUUGACGAAUCGGAAACGAAGGUGGGAAUGCUCCGUGAAAACCGAACGGUCCAAGAGGAAGCCAAUGAAAUUGAAGACGAUGAAGAAGAUUCUGCAGCGUCGAGUCCAAGAUUGAACGAAGCUAUUAUUCACGACAGCAAAGCCGGAAGCUCUCAGGACACGAAAAGUGACAAAAGCGCAGGCAAGGAAAAAUCUAAACAAAAAAGACGCACAAAAUCCAAACCCGAUUUAUUCUUCAAAGGAGUUGAGGAUUUUGAUGGUUUUGUCAAAUUCCUCCAAAACACGCCUGGUCUUCAAAUGUUUGAUUUCUGGCUUCAGUUAGAUAAAUGCAAUUUCACUGACAGCGAACAAGAUUUAAAAAGCUCUUUGAUUGAAAUAAAGGACAAAUAUUGCUCAAUUAGCAGUCCGCACGUUCUGCCGAACACUUUCCGGACAAUGAACAACUUGCGACAUAUUACGUCAUUCACCAAACCUCAAGUUCGAGAGCUUCAAAAUAAGGUUAUCACGCCGCUAGUUAACUACUGGGUGCCUAAGUAUCUCAAUGAAAAGAAACAAAAGUUUUCAAAAGUUUUGAGCGAAAACGUUGCCUACUCUAAUCAUCACAAAGUUACGAAGUCUGCACAAGUUCUGAGCUAUCCGGAACCAAAGACUCCUUCGGCCAUUCCGCUCCGACCACGCACUUGCCUCCCGUCGAUUGACAUCUCGGCAGAUUACGAGAACAUUACGGGACCUCUUGAAGUUCCGGAGAAACGAAAUCGGGCUAAAUCGGCUGCUGUUGUUGCGCAAAACACCGCGAAAGAGAACAGAGAACCACCGCCGUCGUCGACCCGAACUAAGUCGGCUCAACCUUCGCGACGAGAUAUGGAGUCGGGUUUUGGCACUUUGACAACUUCUUUUGUUGACGAUCUGGAAAUUUUUGACGACAACGGAGACCAAGGUGACGACUUGUCCGAAAACGAAUCCAUCUCGGGUUACGCACCCGACUCGGGUCUAGGCUUCUCGGCUAAAUCAUCCCGUCCGACGACUGGAAAAGUUUCAUCUCGAAUGGCUAGUAGCGCUCGGAAGUCGGGAGAAAUCCGGUUCGAAGAUCUAAGCGACGAAGAUACCGAAUCUUUGCAGUCGUAUGGGAGCUCAGUUCGCGACUUCAGGAAUUUUAUUGGCAGUGCAAAAAUGGAAACUUUGCUGCAGACUCUAAAGAACGAGUUCAACACGUCGGGGGGAGUUUUUAGAAACUUUCUUCAGAACAGUAGUAACAAAAAUUGGAUCAAUUGUCUCGCAUUCUGGAAUGAUUUGCAAAAUUAUCACUCGCUGUUUUAUAAAGAUUGCAUUAGCACGGAAGAUAUUUUGCGCAAAGCUAAAGCAAUUUUCGCCCUUUAUAUUGUGCUUACUGCUCCGAAGUCAAUCAAUUGUUCAUCUGAAGUUCGGAGAACCGUUUCGGGUCAAAUUACAAACCCCACCGAAGAACUUUUUGAUUCUGCAGAGGAGUUUUCUCUCCAGAAACUAAGAGAACCCUGGUUGAAAAUGCUUGAAGUUGAGGAUUAUGAGUACAAAAAAGUAGAACAAUAUUCAGUCAAACGACCUUUGGACAUUGACCCCGAAUACCUGAAGUUCCUGAACAAACAAGGAGUCGUGAAGGUUCACAUGGACGUCGAGGACCAAGAAGAAGAAAUCGACGAAGAAAAGGAGCGUGAAGAACUGUACAAGAAGCUGGAGUUCGAAGUUCCUGAGGAGUUCAGAUGGUGGAAGUUUGACGACUUGCUUAAGAACCGAAUCGAGUUCGAGUGUUACCGAAGAUUCAUUGCCGAGAAUUACGGCACGACUGAUUUGGCGUGCUGGGUCGAUAUCGAAGGUUUUAAACGAAUGUCGCACGAGGAAGAAGAAAUUCGCGACACUAAGGCGACAGAAAUAAAAUCGAAGUACUUGAACAAGAAGUACUUUUUUGGACCUAAUUCGCCAGCUACGACUAAAGAGCAAGAGAUGGUUCUGGCGUUAGCCGGAGGAUGGGGCAAACAAAUCGUACCUGAGCGACCGCCGAAUGUAAUGAUAACCGAAGUUGGUCAUUACACGAGAGCGCGACUGGAGAGGAAAUGGUUGGCGAUGUUUCUUGCGACGCCGGCCUUCGCGACUCGCCAGGUUAGCCGAGAGAAAAACGGAGACGCGACCGACGAUGUAAUAAUGCAGAAGAAGAGAAAACAACUUCAGUUGAGUAAAAUCAUGGAGAGCAAAUGGGUUUCAUCUUCUAAAGAAGUGAUUCAGUUUAGAAGAGCUCUUUUGAACCCUGUAACUUCAGAACAGUUUAAGAAAUACGUGAGAAUAGUGACAAAAGAAAACUAUCUGGAAAACGAUAUCAUUUUCUGGCAGGAGGUCCAGAAGUUCAAAGACUUGUUCCAGCCGCAUGCCGACGACAAUCUCGCCCUGGCUAAAGUCCAGAUGAUUGUUGCAUGUUUCCUGGAGUCCAUCAUCCAUCCGGCUGUCCAAGUUGAUUUACCACCUGAACAAGUUCAGGAUAUUCUGGAUAAAAGAAAGAAACCGACCGCUUACAUGUUUCGUGAAGCACAACUGACCGUAUUCAGGGUGUUGUAUCCGCACUGGACUGAAUUCUGCAGAUUCAGACACAAGAUGAAAAGCGCGAACAAAAUUGACUCAAAGCUGGAUAAGAAAUCGGACCGGCAGAAAAUUAGACAGAAAAAAGCGUUCCAGAAAGGUCUGGACGCAGCGGGGGGAACCGGGAGCUCCACCAGCGACGGUGGACAGGAGGGAUUCGCGGCGAGUAACGUAAUGGAUGACAUAAUAAUGUCGCAAGGUGAUAAUGUUACGUCAUGGAAGUACUCGGCGUAUAUCGAUGCUCUCAAAAAGCAACAUCAGACGUUGCUAGACGAAGUUUCAUCUCGUGUUUCGGAUUUAAGCGACAAUAGUUCCAUCAUUGGGCCAAUGUAUCCCUCGGAAAACGGUGUAAAAUAAAUAGAUAGCUGAGUUAUAAAUUGAAGUAAAAUCUAAAACAAUGUUCUCAGAUGUAUUAAUUUGUUUGUCAUCAAUUAUAAAGCAAAGAUAAUUUUCCAG